AUGCGUGAGCCUGAUCCUUGGAUGGGCGCGUUUACUAUGCCAGGGAAUUACCAGUGCGUGCGUUAUUUGGGCUAUGUUCCAAUCCGGGAAUCUUUAAAAAUGCUUGCGGAUUCGGCUGAAAAGGAAAACUUAACAAGGCAUUGCAUGUAUAUGGUGUGCAGUCAGCUGGGUCUCUGUAGGCCUAAUCCAACUGUAGAUGGCCAUCUACUAUCGUUAUUGGAUGCACCGUGUGUUCAAAAUAAAAUGGUUGAUUUGAAUGUAGCAUUGAAAGCAUUCACUAUACUCGAUGAGGAUGGGGUACAUAUUCUGGAAUAUCAUCCUAUUGAUGUGAUUUCUUUCGCAUCGCCUGGGAAGGAGGAUCCCUUGAGAGGUGUUCUGUGUUUUGUCUCAAAUGUCAGCUCUGAAAUGGGACGUAGGUGUCUUGUUUUUAUGGAGGAGGAUCGAAACAUUGAUUUCAUUAUGGGCACUAUGGGUAAAAUUUUUCAUCUCAAAAACCAAGGUCAUAGCGCGCGACGUGUUAGCGCAGCAGAAACUUCGCAACAUCAGACGUUUGCUGCAGGACGUGAGUAUAUUAACGUGAACAGUUUGUCGGUGGCUCAAGGAUUGGAAAAUGAGCCUUGGUUUCAUGGGGAGAUUAGUCGUGAAAAUGCUGAAGCUCUUUUGCACAAUGAGGGUGAUUUUUUGGUGCGUAUGAGCAGGAAUACAGCGAGGAAUUUUGUCUUAUCAGGAAUUGCGAAUAGGAAACCAAAACAUUUUCUUCUAUUGGACGAAAACGAUCAAAAGGUACGCAAACAAAGUCAAGUAUUCGAAACAAUAGUGCAACUAAUAGAACAUCAUCGUGCACGGAAUGUACCAAUUAUCUCUGAGGCGUCAUUUCACGUCGUGACCAGCACGCUUGUUCUUAUUUUGAUCAUAUCUGUAAACUGUAUGCGCAUUCUGGAUACGAGUGUAUCAUGUGAUCAGGUACCAUUAAAUGGCUGUGAAACGUCAUUAAAUGAAGAAGGGAAUCUAGAGAAUGCAAUAGUGAUUCAAGAAAGUGUUCAUGGUAUUCAAGCAUCCGAUAAGAAAUAUCUUCUAACGUGCAUCCCAGCAUCUUUAGUCACUCGCGAAACGAUGGCUGUCGUGAAUUUUGGUGGUGUUACGGUACGGAAUUCAUUCGCAACUCCAUCGAAUAUUCUGAGAGGUCAGAGUUCAUUUGAGAAGCAAAUUAAAUACUCGGUGCAGUUAUUAAGUACCGAUACUGGUGAACUUAUCGAUCCACUGUCAACUCCUCUCACAGUUGGUGAUCCAAUUACUUACGUCAUUCGUGUGCCAGUUAUGUCAUUGUCGUCGGAUGCACGUAUUGGACGAUGCUGGGCCAAGGAUUCGAGUUCAUUUUUGGAUUUGUCCGAUGAUAAUGGCUGUAGCUUACAGUUGAAAGGCGAUGUCUGGAGGCAAUUCGAACGCAUUCAAAGUAGUCAGAUGAUUGUAUUCAAGAAUAAAAUCAAAGCAUGGGCAUUUCCAACGAGUAACGAAGUGAAUAUAUACUGCAACUUGCAUAUUUGCCAUAAUCAAUGCGAUGAAGUGUCUUGUACGAAACGUGAAAGACGACAUCAGAACGCGGUCACUUUAUUCGGAGAUACCGAGCAAACAGAUAUCCACAUGAUUGGUACUAAAUGGCGUUUCGUCGAGUCUGCUAACCAAGAG